AUGUCUCAUAAUUUACCAUGGUGGAGAAAAGGAUUAUUUCUUAUGGUCUGGAUGGAAGUUGAGCAACUGUCAACAUCAGCAUGUAACACACCACCAUGUAAAUUAAAAGCAACCAUACUUAUUGUAUUUGAAGUGUAUGAUGAACUUAUAGUUUUAGCUGAAAGUUGCAUUUCAUCAUCAUUUGAAGGGAGGGAUAAAAUAACCCCAGAUGAUGAUUAUAAGAUUAGAAAGAAGGCAGGGUGUCUUUAUUAA